AUGCCAGCUCCUCUGAGCCGCAUCGCGCUCGCAGCCAAGCAAAAUCAGAUCCUCGCCCUCCAAGCGCUCCAGGCUGCCGCCGCUUCCGCCUCGGCUCCGUCCUCGUCCUCAUCAUCCGCAGGCGGCUCCCCACCUCCAUCGUCGUCCUACGCCAAGUCGCCCAGCGGCGACGUCUACCCGGUCGCCUCCAAACGCGGUCGCAAGUUCCAAGCUUUCCGAGCCCCUCCUCUUUCCAUCGUCUCAACGAGCACCAUUGUCGCCACUGCCUCUCGGUCCAGCUCUGAUAAGCUCGUGCCGCUCAUCACCACCAGCGUGCCCUACUGGUCGGCCGAGGGCUCGCAUCCACUCUACGAUCCAAGCUCGGGCAGGCGGUCCGAAAUCUACUCGCUCACCAACGAUCGCUACCCCGGCGCUCCCGGUACUGCCCUCGCCAAAGCACGCGAGGCUCAGCAGAAAGCAGUGCUGGCUGCCAAGCGUGAAGCCGCCAAGAAGCUCGCAUCCAAGGCCGAGCUCGAACAUCUGGGCGUCAAGGGUCUCGGAAAGAAGCGCAAGAGCAGCAGCCCGUACGCUACCGUAGGUGGUGGUUUGCAGGCCAUUGCUGUGUCUCAGCCUGCUCCGUCGAGCAGCUCCAAGCCCGAAACCACCUCCCAGGCCAUGAGCCGCGACUCGUCGAGGGGUCGCAGCUCCGUCAAGCCAACAUCGGACACUCAUCUUACGGUGCCGUCCACCAGUCGAUCCCGUCGACCUGCCUCCAGAGCAUCCUCGCCCGCUCCCAUCACCGCUCAGGCCUCAUCUUCCACAAGACGCACCGGUACGCGCUCGGGAUCGGCCGCGCCUGCCGACGAAGAAGCGAGCAGCUCUACCUCAAGCAACGGGCGCAACAACCGCAGCUCACCUUCGCGGGGCAACAGUCCCCCAGAGGGCAGCAAGAAUCACCAUGGACUCGCUUCCACUGCACCGUUCCAGAGCAGUCCUCUUGCUGCGAGUGCCAUCACCAUGGAGCCUCUGCUGGACACGGACGACGCCGACGCGAACGAGGCAAAGCCCAGCGUCUCAGAUGCCGGCGCCAGUCUAAGUGUUGCUGCUUCUGCAAACAAACGCAAGGCGAGUGCUUUGAGUCAAGAGGUGCACGCUGAGGAUGCGCCUGAGGACGGUCUGGCGGACUCACUCGAUCAAGUAAGCAAGCGGUUGAAGGGCGAUGAUGGUGCGCCGGCUGGAGGCGAUGCUGCGGAAAGGACCGUCAAAGAGGGGUCGCCUUCUUCCGUCUCCUCGAGUCGUCGCACGUCGCCGCGGAUGACUGCGCGUGUUGCUCAAGCUGCUUGA